GCAAUUAAAAUGUCGUCACAACAGGAGCAACCACAGCAACAGCAGCAGCCUACUGUGCGGCACAUUCCGAUUUUCGUUGAAGGUCGUUCCGAACCGCUGAUAAACACGGCACCCGAAACGCGACCUUCACAACCAUCCUCCCAGCAUCAUCCAUCCGCAGCUGGGAUGGAGGGCCCCAGUAUGGAAAUGCCCGAUCGGGAUGAGUUCUUCAAACACGGUACAAUUUUCGAUCGGGCGCGUGAUAUUCCGGUACGAUCGUCGUUUCCAGGUUUCCCGUUCGAAUUCAAGCAUGACUCGUCGCCCAGUGCUAGCAGAACGACGGAUCCACUGAAUGCCAAUGUGCCUCGUGGAACAUCGGUUCCCAGACAAACGCCUUCACCUUCGGCCGCUCACCAACAGCAGCAUCCGCAGCAGCAGUGGCAGCAGCCUCAACAAAAGCCCAACGCGGCCAAUCCGCAACAGCAGCAACAUGUGCCCCGGGCAUCGCAACCGCCAACACAUCCGGAACCGCAACCUCAGCAACAGCCACCUGCUGCUGCUGGUCAGGAUCAACCGGAUAGCCGUCCAAAGAUGCCGACCAAGGAGGAUCCGAUCACGAAAAUUCAAAAAAUCCAGAAAGAUGUACUCGCCAUCUUCGAUCAGGUGGAGCAUUUCAAGGGCGGCAAGGAGGGCAAGAAAGACAAAGCGUACAUCUAUCUGGACGAGAUGUUGACGCAAAAUUUGCUGAAGUUAGAUUCGAUCGAUGCCGAGGAUCAGCCGCAAAUUAAGUCCGCACGGAAGGAAGCCAUCAAAAGCAUUAACACGUGUAUCGCUGUGCUGGAGGCGAAAGCGGAAGCGGGUGCUAGUGGGAGCACCAAUGCCAGUACCGGGUCGAUCGGUAAUACCAACGCAAGCAGUAAUGGCAUCGAUGCCACCAACGGCACGGAACAGUCCGCCUCGAAUACGUCAAUUCCUCAUUCGUCGUCCAAUUCUAGUCAACAGCAGCCCAAUGAAGUUUCCAAGCAGUAGUGCAGUAGU